AUGUAUUACGGAGAGCACACCGUGAGUCGUCAGUUACCCCGACAACUGCUACAGCGCAUUCACGUGGGAAGCAAUGUUUGCAUGAUCGGAAUCGCGAAAAUUUUGCAGCAGAUAGAUUUCGCUGUCCACCGACCGGAUUCGAACCCCCUAGAACGGAGUUCGGAAUCUGUGCGUCGGAUGGAUGCCAAGAAUGAAAUGGCAAAAGCAUUGAAGCCAAGCAUUAAUCGAAUCCUGGGAGCCCGUGUUGAUGGUAGCCAUGCAAGGCCAAAAUCACUCGGACCAUGUGCUCCGAGCAAUCCAAAUGACUGUCGAACAAAUUUUCCAUCCGCCAAGCCGUCUAUGAAGAAUGCAACUUUACCAGCGAAAGGUGUGGUCCUGGAUGGUUCUCCGGUGCCAGUUUCCCGAUCCAAGUUUUACGUGGAAGAUUCCCCUUUGGCCCCAAAAAUACUUCCGAAGUUGCAUUUGUUAGAAGGGGAAAAAGUCAUGGAUACGCCGACGACGAAUGUAACCUACGUCGGUCCUUACGACGAGCCUAUCAGUGGAGAUUUGCUGAUAACCAACUAUCGAUUGUAUUUUUCGAGUUCUGAAGCAGCUCGUCCCCUUCUUUUCGACGUACCUCUUGGUGAAAUAAAGAAAAUAGAGAAAUGCGGGAAAGUUGGGAGCCGCGGAGAUUUUUCGUAUGGGAUCGACAUUUACUGUGCUGACAUGCGGAACCUUCGAUUUGCUUGCCGUCGAGAUUACCAUUCACGGAGAUCUGUUUACGAAACGCUUCAAACGUACGCAUUUCCGAAAUCCCAUAAAAUGGACGUGUUCGCCUUCGACAACCGUGAAAGGUUUAUAUCCGACGGAUGGGAAGUGUUCAACGUGGAAAGAGAAUUCCACCGCAUGGGUUUACCCAAUCGUCAGUGGACAUUUACACAUUUGAAUGAAUCGUACAAGUUGUGUGGCACUUAUCCCAAAGUGCUUGUAGUACCCAGUAGUACGAAUGACGAAGAACUGCUCGCAGUUGCUUCGUUCCGCUCACGACGUCGUUUACCCGUGCUGUCUUGGAUUGACCCCGACGGCCAGACUACCAUAAUUAGAUGUUCUCAGCCGUUAGUUGGUGUCCAAGGCAAACGAAGUCGUUUGGACGAAGCUUAUAUCCAACGGAUUCGUGAUGCAAAUGAUUUAUGCAGCCGUCUCACGAUCAUGGACGCGCGUCCAACGGUGAACGCAAAAGCUAACAAAGCUCUCGGUGGAGGAUACGAGAGUGAGGAUUGUUACCAGAGUGCUGAUGUGUUCUUCUUGGACAUUCACAAUAUUCACGUAAUGAGGGAGAGCUUGAGAAAGGUGAAGGACAUGGUGUUCCCUUGGAUUGACGAAUCACGUUAUUUGGCUGAGCUAGCCGCAACAUCCUGGUUGGAACACGUGAAAUGUGUGAUGUCGGGGGCUGUUCGUGUAGUGGAACGCGUACAUUCCGGCAGAUGCUCCUGUAUUAUCCAUUGUUCGGAUGGAUGGGAUCGGACUGCGCAACUGACCUCACUUUCUAUGCUACUUCUUGAUCCAUAUUACCGCACGCUCGAAGGCUUCCAGGUGUUGAUCGAGAAAGAGUGGCUCAGUUUUGGUCAUAAAUUUUCUCAGAGGAUCGGUCACGGGGAUGACAAACAUGCUGAUGCCAAUCGAAGUCCGGUUUUCCUCCAAUGGAUAGAUUGUAUUUGGCAAAUUAUGAACCAGUUCCCGUAUGCCUUUGAAUUCAACGAGAGUCUCCUUAUAUUUAUUCUGGACCACUUGUAUUCUUGUCGAUUUGGAACCUUUCUUUGCAACAACGAACAGGAGCGUGAGGAUGUUCACCUGAAAAUGAAAACUGUUUCAAUUUGGUCUUACGUUAACGCGAAUCGGGAAAAAUUCGAAAGUCCGGAUUUUUAUCCCGAGUCGCAACAGCCCAGGGUGUUGAUUCCAGUUGCCAGUCUUCGGCAUAUACGGCUUUGGAGCAAUUACUACUGUAGAUGGAAUGUGCUUUUUACGGAAAGGAGUUUUGAUACCGACACAACGUUGGAGAUGACUUCAACGAAAUCGUUGCUGGAAAGAAAAUUGGGUCAGUUUCUCCGGUCCCGGAAGACGAAGACGUACGUUCCCGUUUUAUUUGAGAAAGAGAGAAAGAAAUGGCGUGUCUACUUUUUGACGGCGCAAUACUUCUCUUGCCAAUUGAACCCGCUGGUUCGUAUGGGUGGGAACGCCAGAAACAUGGAUAUCACGUUUUUCAAAGCUCACGGCGAAGAUGCGAAAAGGCGUGCCAUGCCGUUGGAAGAAAAUCUAGGCAAGUACGGGAGAAUGCACGAAAAGAAUCCGACCGCAAUCCCGUGCACAUCUUUAGGAAAGGCGGAGCCACUUGAUUAUGUGGUUCAAAAAACCGAUACGAUGAAUAGUAUAGCUGCAAAAUUUGGAUUGACUCCGUCUGAGCUUGCAAAAGUCAAUCGACUUUCUUCGCGCUAUGUUGUGCUCCCUGGUCAGACCCUCAAGAUUCCGAGGACUUCGUCAAAUCUGGAUAUUGUUUGCAUGCAUAUAGAAAGUGUUAGCGCUGGAGGUGAUGGCGACGCUCGGGAAGGAUUGCGAUCGCCUGAAGCAGAGCAAACUGAAAGCCUGGAAACUCGCUUGUUGCCGGAACCGACCGGACGUCAUUCAACCCGCGAGUUGGACGAGAUGGAUCGAGAAUGUUUGGAGAAAUUUUUCAAAAUAAACGUGCGGCACAUUUCCGAUGGGCAAGGCGUUGUCGAAGGCGUACUUUUGAUAACCCCAAAUGCUGUUAUGUUUGAUCCGAACGUGUCAGACCCCUUGGUCAUCGAGAAUGGCACGGAAGCCUAUGGUAUCAUCGUGCCAAAAGAGUCUGUCGCGAAUUCGGCGAUAUUUUUCGACUUCAGCCCGACUAUCUGCAAGACCGGGGAAGACGCAUCCGUUAAUUCAUCAGAAACGCCCGAGAAUAUAAAACCUUUCUACCAGGCCUCGUCCUCAUGUCACCCAAAAUUGCUUAGGCUACUUUACCCAAGAGGUUCUUUUUUAGUGCUGCCGGACAGAGGUCUGAGCCCGAGAGAACUUCUGAAAAGCAUUAGCAGCGACGAACGCCUUGCGGACCCGCCGACUCUGCCGAAACGAUCACCAUCUCAUCCAACGUCUUUAGCGCGGCAAGAAUCCAGGAAGCAAAAUGUUCUCAAACGCCUCUCCAAUCCACUUCAAUGGAUCGACAGUCGGAACUCCACGGAAUCGCUAACUUCGCCAAAUGCGAGCACACCUAUUUCAUCCAGUCUUACAUCCCCGACGACCCCGGGCGCCACAGGUAGCGCAGGGAACGUGCUCACACGGAUUUUCACCAGUGUUGCUAAAGCGCCGGAGGAACUCGGCCAUGCGGUUUUGGAUCCCAUCAUGGCGCUUUCAUUAGGAAGCGGGUCCCAAGCUAUGGACAUUGUUGCUCGAGUACCUUUGAGGAGUCAAUCGAGCGAUGCUGGUAACUGGAAGAAGAUGGAAAAUUCUCGUUCGGAAGCAAAGGGACGCGUCAAGUACAGAAAUAUGAUGUCCAUGGAAGACAAACCCGAACUCUUUGCGUCGUUCGACAGUCAGUGGUGGCCCGUGAUAUCGUAUGGUGUGCGCAAAAUCAUGCCGGAGUAUUGGUUUCUCGUUCCGCAAUCCAGGGUCAAGGAUUUGUAUCAAUUUCUUCUGAUUUGGAUGCCCGAUUCGUACGGUGAAAUCAACCAUGAGUAUUUAUUUGAACGUGAGAUGGAUUUGGCUGAAGAGGAGCUUAUUUAUACGGAAGGGUCGAUGGGAUCUAAUGGAGGUGUUGACGAUGAAUCUGGUGAAUUUUCGAAGCUGCACAUGGGAGAUCUGAAAGAGUCUUGGGAGAUGAUGAAGGCGCCGUAUGCGCAGCUGUGCAGCCUGAUGCGAACGAAGUCGUCAAAAUCGAAUCUGCUGAAGCACGCGUUUCAGAUCGACGCUUAUGAGACUAAUGUGCUCAGUGGCUGGUCGUCGCAAGUCGUUUCCGCGAGCGAAGAUGAAGUUCAGCAUGCUCUAUAUGGGUCAAAUACGGAUGACGACUUCAUCCCGGAACUCGUAGGGGAAUCUGAAAUUUUCAACUCAACCCAACGAAAGCAUUUGAUCCGUGUAAUUCCUGCGAGAUGUCAAGGCAUAUGUGCUCGUCAGGUUUUCGGCGCAUUGCUUUCCGACGCGCCUUCAAUCCAGGAUCAUUUCUAUGGAACUGGCGAGAGCUUUUUGUUCACCUUUACGCCCUUGAGAACGAAUGAAAAGCCUGGUGCAUUUAUCGGCGAUGAUGGUGAGUUCAAGCAAGAGCCAAUUUUUGAGGUGGACGAGACGGUUGGAGUCAGUGAAAUGCUCGAAGAGGAGAUCGUGAUGAAGAAGGAUAUGUCUGAUGCGUCUGUGUCCGACUGUGCUAAGAGCAAGGAAGAGCAUUUCAGAGUAUUCAAGUGGUCUGGAGAGAAUCAGUUUUUCAUUCGAUGUCAUCCCGAUUCUCUCGCUGUUGGAGCUGGAGACGGUCAUUUCGGUCUCCUGCUGGAUGGCGACCUGAACAAAGGCAGGACGGACGAAUGUAUGACGUUCCGUAAUAGCAUCUUAUCAUCCGACAAUGAUUUCGUCAUUCGCACGGUUGAGUGUUGGUCAUUUGAUUGAAGGCCUUAUACUAAAUGCAUCGGAUCCUUUGUAUGCCUUGAUCUGUCGCUUUUAGUUCCGUCUUCCUGAUACGUGUAAAAAAAGGGAAAGUUACGAUUGCCGAGCUCAUUUUUGAGCUCUUGGGAUGUCUGUGAUCGUGGGAACGCGGCUAAUCCCCCGAAAGCGAACUCUGUUCAUGCCAUCGUUUGUAGCAUUCAAAAGAAUGACAGUGUUUAAAGUUUCAUUUUCACCUCACUCGAGUGAUCAUCUUUUUGACUGCUUAGGUUUCACAGAUGAAUUAAGUCCAUUGUGUUCUAUAGUUCCAGGAUUCCUGGGAAAGGUCUAGAAAGUAUCCCUUCUAAUUUUCUCUGAUUGAUAUCCUUAAUUCUCACUGGAACAGGGUCGACAUUUGUUCAAAGUUUUUAAAGAAACACUGUUAAGUUGAUGAUGAACUCACGUCUGUAAAUUCCCGUGGUUGUCUUGCACGUGUUAUUUUUAUCGUUCGAGAUAGCCUUAUAGUAUGGUGUGUAUCAAAUCCAAAAGAAAAAUAAAACUGGUGCAAGAUCUAGAAAUGAAUGUUCGUUAUCUAGUCCGGGGCAUUGAUAAUUUAGGAGGUGGGGGUGUUUCCCCGAGAUCGUAGUUGCGUUUUGCUGGAUGGCUGUUACGAAUUUACAAUAGGAGUGCAACUUGAGUAGAAAAUUUGAAGAUGAUUUUGGCUGUUCGUGGGGAAAAAAAGAUAUAUUUAAAUGCGUUACGGCAAAGGCUUCCUGUCUCGAUGGGGCAUGUUUUUACGUCGUGAGUUGCUUCCAAUGGAUCGCUUUGGCCUUGAGAUUUUACGCCAGGGUUCGUGAUUUUUUGAUCUGACUGUUGACCGGUUGAUGUUUCUGACGGACUCGCGAUUCAAAAAUUUUUUCGUGUAUUUUUUAGAAUUCAGUUGUACGAAACUUGAUGGAGGGAAACUAGAAUUUUUGAUUCGAUUUGCGUUAUAUUUAACGUACUGCACACUUUUCGCAGUUUACCUCUGCUAUUCUUUAUUUUCAGAUUUUUGAAUGAUGUUCGUUUUGAUGCUGCGAGUAAGGUUAAAAUUCAAAUCGGUGAAGAUUUCAGUUUUCUUUUCAUGAACUCAUUUUCUGUUUUCGGAGUGUUGUUCUUGAUCGUAUCGUCUUGGUCUUGAGCAACGGAUCAGUAAAAGCUAUACGCAUAUCGGCUUUUCCCAGUCAUGUAUGUGCUGAGCUUCGCAAAGAUUUCACGCGGGAAAAAAUUGACGGAAAACUGACGAAAAAUGAAGAUCGCUCGGAAGCCAUAAUUAUAAAGAAAUAUAGACGAGGUUGGCCAUGGCUGCUUUCUUUUGGUUGUAGUGUGGAUAAAAAGCUCACCCAUGUGUUCUUUCGAAUUUGAUGUGCAAUCGCGAUGAUUAGCUGGAACCGGCCGCCCAAAUUGUCAUUCCUAUCCUUUUUAAUUUCGUUUCGACCAUUCCGAGAAUGUAGUGCAUUCCGUAAUUGUCAAAUUUCAGCCAAAGACGUCAUGAGAAUUUUAGUCGCCGAGUCACAAAUUUUGUGUUGAAUUCGUGACGUGGGUAUUGAAUCGCUGACGAGGAGGAACGCUCGACAACGUGUGUGACAAGUGCGGUGGACUUUUUUUGUAAUCGGAUUUUGUUCUAUCGUAACGACCUCUUUUUUUUCUGUGUAGUUGAUGAGUUAUUCUUUCUCGAUAUUGCUGCAGUGAAAAAGGGAAACUGCGAUGAAGAGCUUCAAAGGGAGAAAUUUUAGUCUGACCUUGAAAUUCAGUGAUCGCCUUGUUGAA